AUGACUAGACAAGCACAACGAACAAGAACGGCGGCUACGAGACCGCAGCAUAAUCGAACGCCGAGUCACGUUAAUGGUUUGGGAAGUAUUGCUCAUAGGCAAAUCGACCUUUUAAAUCGCUUGACGAGUUUGUUGGUUUCGAAUAUCAGAGUGAGAUACGAUUGUCCGAUUGAAACCUUGGUAGAGGCAACUAUACCAUGUUUGGCAGAUUCAUCAGGGAAAGAAGUUCGAGCGAUCGCAUAUCGUCUUUUACGUCAUGCUGUUGUCCGUCCUCCUUGGCAUUUGAUUCGUGCUUGCAGGCAAAGGGGUUUGGAUCUGUAUAUCGUUCGAACUUUUUCUCGUGAUGCACGUUUCACCAUCGAAAAAGAACAAGCACUCAAAUUGGUUCGAUGUAUUAUGGAAUGCGCCUCUCUCGACAAAACAGAUGGCGAUGCACUCAUAAGUGUCAGUGUCAUUCGGGCAAUGUGUGCUGCUUUGGAGCACGGAGAAGAGCGUUUGCGUUCGUUGUAUAUCGAGACGUUGGCGGAGUUGGUGCUACAUGAUGUCGAUCUGGUGAUACGGAGCGGCGCAAUGAGAAUUUUGCUUAGUGCAGCCGGUGACGUAUCGGUGGACAUACAACCAGAGUUGCUUGCCAUUAUGCUAUAUCUUGCCGAUAUGCCUUCUACAAGACGCUAUUUUCGACCAGGUUACGAUCUUGUUACGUGCAUUUCCGGAUUCACAGAUGCGACAGAAAGCGUUGAAUAUUUACGAAAUACCUCACUAGCUGUAUCCAUGCUGAUGCGAUCUUGGAGUGGUUUGCUAUUCAUGUGCUUAGAGGAUCAGAGUGCAAUCAAGUCAAUCAUUGGUGCCCUGAGGGUCAAUCCAACAGCAAUCCAGGACGAAAUCAUCACAAUGUUUAUAACAUUUUUUGGAGUACGACCAAAAUUGUUUCAAAAAUGUGCACGUGGACCAGGGUUGGAUAAAAGUACGGAAGAGCAGCUUUUCAGGGAUGAGACUCGAGUGAAUUUGUUGGACUCGUUCAUUCUCUUGUUUGUGACGAUCUUGUUGGACAAUGACAUCAUAGGUGCAUUAGUGCAUGUUGUUCAAGAUCGACCGCAAUUAUCGGAGAAAGCAUUGAGUUUCAUGGAAAUGCUUACCAAUAUUAGUUCGGCUCGACUGCCAAGCGAAUACGAUUAUCAGAUGCAUUCUCUGUCUGAGUUGUUCACCAGUAGGCUCAAAGGAGAAGCACAGCAAGAUCAACAUGAAGAGCGUGAGAGGGCAUCAAAGGUGCUGUCCAUUCUUGAUCGAUUCUCUGCCAAUCAAGCUAGGAAACAGACUGUUCUCGGCCAGAGACCUCGAGCAAGUUCCGUUCUCAAAGCACCAAAAGCUCCAGUGCAAGUUGAUGACAAUGCUUUCCGCAGCUUGUGCUUGGAGGCAAAUGUGAUCAACUCUAAAGAUCAAUCCAAGUGGAAUAUAGAAGCGCUGCAAAUGCUUUUUGAGACGGUUCUUGUGCAUCCUAAACGAUUGGAGGAAGCCAUGCGAGCAAGUAAGCUGGUGAAGAGGGUUUUGGUGUUCUUUCACCCAUUCACCAUGCGAUACUCUUCUUUGCCCAAAGUGUCUUCUACAUUGAAUCAAAAGUACACAAAGUUGGGAUGCACAAUCUUGCAGACUCUGUUAUCGAAUCCGGAUGGUGUUCGAUUUCUUCUUGAGGAUCGUUUGAUACGUGAGAUUGCAGAUUGCUUGGAGACGGAUAUCAUGUCCGAGCAGCGGUUGCAAGACACUGCCGUUGCUGGAUAUUUCGAGCUGAUAGGUGUGCUUUCAAAACAUCCUGAAGGUAUAGCAGUCGCUUCGCAGUCACGAUUAUUCACUGCGUUGUUCCGCAUCAUUGACAAACGUGGUCGUUUGGACCUGGCAAGACUCAUGCUUCGCCAUUUGGAUUUCUCGGAAGAUAGCCAUUAUCGGAUUAUCUUGUCCAGAAUGCUGGCACAUAGGUCACGCAAAUUUAGGGUGGAAGCAAUGCAAAGGGUAGCAGAAAUGAUACGUCAAAAGCCAAAUCCAUGGAACGUUCGCUUGUUGGUUAAUCAGCUGUAUGAUUCGUCAAUCGUAGUGCGUAAUCUUGCUUCGGAUCUUUUGUUGCAGGCUUGCAUUUCGUCUUCUGCCACAUUGGAUAUGGUGGUGGAUAUGCGUCCGAUGUUAUCUCCUGACGGAGCCCAAUCUCUUCUACUCAAAUUUGUUUCUAGCUCACAUGGUUUGCGUUAUCUCAUGCAAGGUGAUUAUAUCGAUCGCGAAAUGGAUGAAUGGUUACAUGUGGGUAAUUUGGUAUAUGCCAAUCGAAUUGAAGCUUUACUAAGUCAAGCACUCGACAUUCGACAACAACCUCCGGGAGGGGAGUGGGAUGGUACCGUUCCUGCUCACUUUUAUGGAGAGUUGAUCAAAACGGAAGAAGGUCGUGAAUUGUUGGAAAGGAAAGGCCACUUUGCUGACUUUGCACAUUUCAUCGUACAACAUUCGGAAGAGGAGAAUGAUGUGGAAGUCUUGAUGAAGCUAAAGAGUGUUUUGUGGGCGGUCGGUAAUAUCGGCGCACACAGAGGUGGAAUACAGUUCCUCGAGGGAGAAGGUUUGGUUACCACAAUUGUACAGAUGGCAGAGAAUACAAAAGUGUCUUCCUUGCGUGGGACGUGUUAUUUCGUUUGUGGAUUGAUUGCGAGCAACCAAUUAGGAUCGGAACUCCUUCAAGAUGCCGGCUGGACGAUCUCUACACCCCACUUCUUAGCUCAAGAUGCACCUUUCGGCUAUUGCUUGCCACCGAAAACCUUUUUGGCUCUACCGCCAUGGGAACCUCAAAAUGGUUUAUAUGGAAAUCGAUUGCCACCACCUAAAAGUCGGUUAGAGAGGAACGUGAUUUUGCAUCUUUCCAGUUUAGGCAAUGCAAUCGUGGCUACAAAAGCUUCUCGUGCCUUGCUCAAAUUGAAAGAACGUCAUCCUGAUUUGUUCAUUACCAAUCGAUCUGCCGUCGAGAUGAACAUUGAGCGGGCGAUCGAGAUGUUUGUGAGAGCAUUACAUCUAAUGGAAACACAACCUUUACGUCAAUCUGUUCGAAGGUAUAUUUGGGAACUAUUCGAGGUCAAGAUGGACGAUGAAUUCACACAAAAGGUAAUGAAUUGUUCAGAGAGGUUGUCUUCAAUGGCACGCGACAAAGCCACAAGAGCACAAAGACCUUCUUUGUCUCGUUCUCCAUUGCCCGCAAGGGAGGAGGUUGCAGAGGUAACGUUUGCCGCUCAAAAGCAUGGCCUUGAUGAUAGUACGUUUGGACAUGAUGCAGAAGAGGAUGAAGAUGAUGUGGACUACGACGACGAUGACGAUGACGAAGUGAUCGAAGAUGAUACAGAAGAUGAGGAUGGCGUAUUGAUUGAUAUCGAUAACGGAUCCGAAAGUGAAACAUCUUCUGAUGCGGAAAGAAAUCAAGAUUCCAACGAAGAAGAGGAAGAAGCUGUAGAAAUUGCUGCUAAACCCAAACUCGGUAGGGUGAAUGGGAAAAAGCAUACUGCUAUUACACGCGAAGGAAAUGGAAUGAUGAAAACAUAUCUCAAGCCAAAAGUUCGAUUAGUGGGGGGAUUUGGUCAGGACGGCGCUGAUUCAAGUUCACUCAAUGAUUCGGCGGGAUGA